AUGACACGCAAAAACGCGAGCCUCUCAAAACGUCGCUCAAAACCGAGCUUGAAACUCGCAACCGGGUCCAACGGGCAUGCGAAUGGCAAUAUGAACAACAACAUUGAAAUGCGCAGGAGGGACACUCCCUCCUCCGAGAACUCUGCAGACAGGACCGCCCAACUCAUGUCAAGACCCAGCUUCUCACUCGAUAACGAGCCCUCCGUCAUCCCGCAGACUCCCGUCCAGACCACCACAACCUUCCAUGACCUACCGCGCAGUGAUCGCCGCAACUUCCUGUUGUUGGUGCUGCUAUACUUCCUCCAAGGUGUCCCAAUGGGCCUCGCCACCGGAUCUGUGCCUUUCCUCCUCAAACCAUACCUCUCAUACGGCCAGAUCGGAAUCUUCUCGCUCGCCUCAUACCCAUACUCUCUCAAACUGUUCUGGAGUCCCAUUGUGGAUGCUGUGUGGAGCACGCGCUUUGGCCGCCGCAAGAGCUGGAUCACCCCUGUGCAAGUGAUUGCUGGAUUAGCGAUGAUCUAUAUGGGUGGCCACAUCGAGGCCAUGAUGGUUCAGGCUGGCGCGAACGGCGGUGCGGGCGUCUGGACCUUCACAUACUGGUGGUUCAUGCUGGUGCUGUUCUGCGCUACCCAGGACAUUGCUGUGGAUGGCUGGGCUAUCACUCUGAUGUCCCCGCCGAACAUCUCCUACGCCUCGACUGCCCAGACGGUCGGACUGACGGCAGGCCAUUUCCUGUCGUACACGGUGUUCUUGGCCUUCAACUCGAAAGACUUUGCCAACAGGUGGUUCCGAACCGUAGCUGGUGAGGGUGGCCUUCUGUCGCUUGGCACCUACCUCAGCUUCUGGGGCUGGGCGUAUCUGAUUGUGACCUGUGGUCUGGCUUUCCUGAAGAAGGAAGAGCGCACCAAGGAGCGCGAUAGCAUCAUGGAUGUGUAUAAGAGCAUGUGGAGUGUCUUGAAGUUGAAGAAUAUCCAGACGAUCAUUAUCAUUCACCUGAUUGCCAAGAUCGGCUUCCAGGCCAACGACGGAGUCACCAGUCUCAAGCUCUUGGACAAGGGUUUCGGCCAGGAUAACAUGGCCCUGGUUGUGUUGAUCGACUUCCCAUUCGAAAUUAUGUUGGGUUAUUAUGCCGGUCAGUGGUCAACCAACUAUGGCGCCAUGCGUCUCUGGGGUUGGGCCUUCAUCGGACGAUUGGCAGCUGCUGUCCUCGCCCAGUUCACUGUCAUGAUUUACCCUAGUGGCCCAGAAGUGCCCAUGUGGUACAUGCUCACUGUAAUUGGCGAGCAUGUACUCUCAACAUUCAUGAACACUGUCAUGUUCGUCGCCAUCUCAGCCUUCCACGCGCGCAUCGCCGACCCUGCCAUUGGCGGAACAUACAUGACUCUGCUCGCAACCGUCUCCAACCUGGGUGGAACAUUCCCUCGCAUCUUCGUCCUCAAACUCGUCGACAUGUUCACAGUAGCAACAUGUCUUCCCCCAGUCACCGCCCCAGCAGCCGACUCCCUAAAAGGCGCCCUCAUCACCACCGCAUUUUCAUGCGCUAUUGAACCGGAGAAAAAUCGCUGCAUUAGCGGCGGAGGUACGUGCAACGUCGACCGUGACGGGUACUACCUGACCAACAUGCUCUGUGUGGCCAUUGGCACUAUCACCUUUAUAAUGUUCAUCAAACCAGCAGCACAGAAGCUGCAGGACUUGCCUCUCCGUGCUUGGCGGUUGAACGCUGGCCCGCAGCGGCAAUGA